AGUUCCGAACGCAGCGCAGCUGAGAUUGACAGCUAUCACUGACGUGCGCGCGAUUUUUGUUUAGUGCGAAAUGUCAACUAAUAAAAUUAGCGAAAAAAUACAAAAUGAUACUAAACAGAACGGUUUGAGUGCAUUUACAGAUAAAAAUUUCCCCCCUUUAAAUGGUAGAUACAGAUCUAAAAGUUUAUCUAGUGAUAAGUUGAAUCAGACGAAUGCGGAUCGUGCGGCAAUUUUGGAGGAUGUGGAGGCCCACUACAUAACAGACAAAGCUGAUACUCCAGGUUGUUUAGUACAGAACAGAAAUAUGGAUACAAACACACAGCCCAAACUUAACGGUUUCAAUGAUGGCAAGGCGACGUACGGCACAGAGAGUCCGGCGAAAGGGCGUCGGGUUAUAUUCUGCGUACACGGCAACCCGUCCACUGGUUGCUGCGCGAUGAUAGAGACAACAACCGGCGAUGAUGAUGGUGAUCAGCCAAACGGCAGUAUAACAGAAGUCGAAAGACAUUGUCACAGAUCGAGAAACGAAGAAAUAGACAAACGUGCCCGAAGAAAACUCAUCAUAGCCAGUAUAUUGUGUGUUAUAUUUAUGAUAGGAGAAAUUGUAGGUGGUUAUAUAUCAAACAGUUUAGCUAUAGCGACAGACGCGGCUCAUCUACUGACAGAUUUCGCUAGCUUUAUGAUAUCACUGUUCUCAUUAUGGGUCGCCAGCAGGCCUGCAACAAGACGUAUGCCGUUCGGUUGGUACCGCGCGGAGGUGAUAGGCGCGCUGACGUCGGUGCUCCUGAUCUGGGUGGUGACGGGCGUGCUCGUGUACAUGGCGGUGCAGCGCGUCAUAUACAAACAGUUCGAGAUCGAUGCCACCGUCAUGCUCAUCACCUCCGCAGUGGGGGUCGCCGUCAAUCUCAUCAUGGGUCUGACGCUGCACCAGCACGGGCACAGCCACGGCGGCGGCGGGCACGGCCACAGCCACGGCGCCAGUAACCCCGUGCUCAACAACAAGAAGGAGCGGCGCGAUGUAGACACGGAGAGUUCCGAGUCCCACCAUCACUCGCACCAGGAGAACAUCAACGUGCGCGCCGCCUUCAUACACGUGCUGGGUGACUUCCUGCAGAGCUUCGGUGUACUCGUCGCCGCCAUCGUCAUAUACUACAAGCCUGAAUGGAACCUGGUCGACCCAAUCUGCACGUUCCUGUUCUCCAUCCUGGUACUGAUUACCACCUUUAACAUCAUCAAGGACACGCUGUUAGUUCUGAUGGAGGGCUCCCCUAGAGGCGUCGAUUUCCAGGAGGUGGCGAAUACUUUCCUGUCGUUGCCGGGAGUGCUGCGAGUACACAACCUGCGCAUGUGGGCGCUUUCAUUAGACAAAACCGCGCUGUCCGCUCACCUCGCCAUACGGUCCGGAGUGAGCCCCCAGAAAGUUCUAGAGGAGGCGACACGUUUGGUUCACGAGAAGUAUAACUUCUUCGAGAUGACGCUGCAGAUUGAAGAGUUCAGCGACGGCAUGGAGGUCUGCAGCCAGUGCAAGAUGCCACAGUCCUGAGCCCGCUCUCACGCCCACGGAUCCGGCCCGCUGAUUGUGGAGGUAACCCACUAAUUUUACAUACGUAACACUUUUUUUGGUCACUGCAAUUCAAGCAAUUUAAAUUGGUCGGCUAUUACGUUAUUUAUAUCGAUCAACGGAUAAUGCGUUUUAAAAAUCUAUGAAAAUGUAAUGAAAUUAUUAUUAUUAUUAACUACCUAAUUGGAAUCUUAUUACAAGGUAGUUGAGUUCUUUUUAAGAUGAAUUUUCUACAGCGUCAUAUGUAUUUAUUACUGUAAUAGUAAUUAUAAGAAUAUACAGUUUAUAUACCUAUUAGUAUAUAAAACGUUUAUUUUAUUCAGUAUUUCUGUCAAUGUUAUAUCAAUACUUAAUCAGUAUAAAUAUUGUUUAAAUAAGACAGUAUUCAUAAUGCGUAUUAAAUAUAUAGAUACAAUUUAUUGUCCAAAUUUAGCGUUGCACUUUUAAGGUUCUAAUUGUAAAAGCUAAAUUCAAUUAUAUUUUUAGUUACAACAGUUAUCUCUAUGAUCAGCAACUUUAGUCAGUCAUCAGAGUUCCAUACGACAUUGUUUUUAGUUACUAUAAUUGCUGAGUAUUGUGUAUUUAUUUAUACAUGCAGGAAUAUUUUAGUUAUUAACAAAAAAAUGAAGUAGACAUUCCUAUAUAUCAAAUUUUAUAUUUGUACGAAUAAUGUAUGAUAUAGUAUUUGAAUUUUUAUUAUGUUAACUGUUUGAAACCUAUUUGGUUAAAAUUUUUAUCUGAACCUGAUAAAAUAGCCAUAAAAAUGGUUUUUAUGUUUUAAAAAUAUUACUUUUACAAUAUGAAACAAAACUAUGCGAGUUAAUAUAGUGGAAAUAAAAUAAUCUUACUUAGCAUUCUUGCCUUUGAGAUUUUGCUAUGAUCAAUUUUAAAGGCGCAAUACAUACCUCUGAAAAUAAAAAGAAAUAUAUCAUAUAGAUACUGAGUGCCUUAUGAACGAUAUUAUUUGAAUAUUGCUAUUGCAAUUUAUUUAAAUAAACAUACGAAUUUAUUAUUAAUAUGUACGUACUUCGGAUGUUCUAAAAUUUAGAAUCUAAGUAAUAUUUUUAAGCAAUUUUUGUGUCAAAGUGUUAUAAUAACUCAAUAUUUUAAACGAAGCAAUAAAAUAUAAUAGUGCUUUGAUAGAAAAUGAGCAUUAAAUUAUAAACGUUAAGUAUUAUAUUUGCAAGUCUUGCAGGGUACUUAAAUCGAAACUGUUGCCAUCUCUCUUAUUCUUGAAGGGCGAUGAAUGUGUCCUUGUCGUUUACAAAAGUUAUUUAUUAUUAUAUUAAAUUCAAAGUUACAAUUUAGUAUGAAAGUAGCUCACCCUUUAUUGGAUAUUAUAUUAUUACUAUAGUUGUAUGUAGAGGUACUUUGGGAACAAAGUCAUGUUGUUGUAUGAUAGGUAUACAUUUUGAUGUAUGAUAAGUGUCCUUAUUGUAUUUAGUCUUCCAAAUAUUUGCUAAUGGUUUUAUGUGAAGACAGCAUGUGUGUAUUAUGAAUAUGAAAUAUAUUUUGAAAAUAUUG